AAGAAAAAAAAAACAAAAAACAGAUGGGCUCUUCUUCCAUCUUUCUCCGCCCAGCUCUCACCCCCUCCUCUGCUUGCAAGCACUUCUGCUCCCUCAAAACCCUAAUCAUGGAAACAGAUGGCGUGAAUCCCAACGCAAAGGAAAUAGGAUUCCUCAGCAGGAGGCCGUACACCCCUCCACCAUGGGCUGCUUCCAAGCUCAGCCCCAUCCCUUCCCAUAUCUUCUCCCUCGGACACCUUCCCACUCCAAUUCACAAAUGGAAUCUUCCGGGUUUGCCGAAAGAUACUGAGGUAUACAUAAAGCGUGAUGAUCUUUCAGGAAUGCAACUGAGUGGUAACAAAGUCAGGAAGCUGGAAUUCUUGAUGGCAGAUGCAAUAGCACAUGAUGCAGACUGUAUUAUAACAAUAGGAGGAAUUCAGAGCAACCACUGCCGUGCAACAGCUGUGGCUGCAAAGUAUUUGAACCUUGACUGUUAUCUGAUACUACGCACAUCCAAGGUUCUAGUGGACAAAGAUCCUGGUUUGACAGGAAAUCUCCUUGUUGAGCGGCUUGUAGGAGCGCACGUUGAACUUGUCUCAAAAGAAGAAUAUUCAAAAAUUGGGAGCAUGGCUCUUGGCAACUUGCUAAAAGAGAGGCUACUAAAUGAGGGGAGAAGACCAUAUGUCAUUCCUGUUGGCGGAUCAAACUCACUAGGGACCUGGGGCUACGUUGAAGCAAUUAGGGAGAUAGAGCAGCAACUUCAGAAUGGGUUUGGUGAAAGUCAAUUUGAUGACAUUGUUGUAGCUUGUGGCAGUGGUGGGACUAUUGCUGGUCUGGCAUUGGGGUCAAGGUUAAGCAAGUUAAAGGCAAAAGUUCAUGCAUUCUCUGUUUGUGACGAUCCUGAUUACUUUUAUGACUAUGUUCAAGGCCUAAUAGAUGGACUUCAAGCGGGUCUUGACUCGCAUGAAAUCGUCGACAUUCAAGAUGCUAAGGGCCUAGGCUAUGCAAUGAACACUGCCGAGGAGCUUAAAUUUGUUAAAGAAAUAGCUACAUCAACUGGUGUUGUUCUUGACCCUGUUUACAGUGGAAAGGCUGCCCGUGGAAUGUUGGAAGACAUGGCUGAGAAUCCAACGAAGUGGCAAGGAAGAAAAGUUCUCUUUAUACACACAGGCGGUCUCCUUGGGCUGUUUGACAAAACUGAUCAAAUGGGCACAAUGGUGGGGAACUGGCGUCGGAUGGACAUCCACGAAUCUGUUCCAAGGAAGGAUGGUGUUGGAAAGAUGUUCUAGAAAAGCACCCCAACAUGUUCCAUUUUUAGCAAUAAAAUCAUCGGGUUGUAGCAAGAGUUCUCAAGAAAAAAAAUAGUAAUUACCUGUUUUCAGUUACAGGGUGCUCUUUGUUUGCGAAGAACUGUACAUGAGCGCAUCUGUAUUGUAAAAUUUCUCUUGUAUAGGAAUUAGAUGGUGAGGAUAACUGUUG